CUCAGAAUCUUUAUCAUCUAGAUUGCUGGAAAUGGAGAGUGCAGAUGGAAAAGCAAGAGGCAUGAGCUGCGUGGGGCCCAGGGCGCUGUGGACUGGGACGGCCGCAGAGGGUGGGAGAGAGCCCUGAGGAGAGGCCAGGCGGGUGGAGGGGAUGAGGUCUACACAGGGGAGGUUACUCAAGGAGCUCCCAUGAAGGGAGGAAAAGGAAAAAUUAGCCAGAGACCCCACCUGCUUGAACCACUACCAGGGGCCCUGAUCACUGCAACUGCCAAGCCCGCUACUCAGAGUCACUGGCAGCCCCUCCGUCCCCUCUGAGAGAUGCCGUUUAGGCCUCCUCCGCUCACCUGCGAGAACCUUGCACAAUUCCUCACCCUGCCUGCCCCCCGGCCCACCAACCCUCAGUGCUCUGCCUUUUCUCAGCUAGCAAAGCUCCCAAGAAAAACAAGCUUCCACAUUAAAGUGACUUCACUGACAAUAUUUUUGAAAUGAUUCUUAAUACUCAGUCCUCUCAAAUGAUAAUACAUGAACAGGAUGAAAUUGUAUUUACUUCAAGAAGCAUGGUUAAAACCAAAAGGGGAUCUUCGAGCGAGAGGAUUCUGGUUUCCUCUCUUGUCCAGCGCUGUCGUCUCAUUAAGGUGAACGCUGGCCACCCGACCAGUCACACUUGCGACCAUGAUGCCGAAAUGUUGCUUUCUAGGCUUCCUCCUCAGUGUCCUCCUGCCUGGUGUGGUAGAAACUCAGCCAGCCAACGAGUCUCUGAAACCUCAACGAGUCCAUUUUCAAUCCCGAAAUUUUCACAACAUUUUGCGCUGGCAGCCUGGGCGGGCUUGUCUUGGGAACAACAGUAUCUAUUUUGUGCAGUAUAAAAUGUAUGGAGAGAGACAGUGGAAAAAUAAAGAGACCUGCUGGGGGAUUCGAGAGUUCUUCUGUGACCUUACCAAUGAAACGUCAGAUAUAUGGGAACCUUAUUAUGGGAGAGUGAAGACAGCUCUGGCUGGGAUCCACUCAGGCUGGACCAUGACACAGCGGUUCACUCCAUGGUGGGAAACAAAAAUAGAUCCUCCAGUCAUGAAUAUAACCCACGUUAAUGGAUCUUUGUUAGUAAAUCUCCAUGCUCCCAACUUACCAUACAGAGACCAAGAAGGGGAAAAUGUGUCAAUGGAAUACUAUGAGCUAGUAUAUCGAGUCUUCGUAUUUAACAAUUCACUGGAAAAGGAGCAAAAGGUGUAUGAAGGAGCUCACAGAGUUGUUGAAAUUAAAGUUACCUCACCUCACACUGGUUACUGUGUAGUGGCUGAGAUAUACCAGCCCAUGUUAGACAGAAAAAGUCAGAGAAGCCAAGAGAGAUGCGUGGAAACUCCUUGAAGUACUCUGCAGAGUGCAAUUCAAAGCUCUCUGAGAAUGAGACGACUUGUUUUGAAGAAUCUUAUUGAAAGCCAUUCUUAUAUUUUCUUUUUUUUUUAAUUGAAGUAUAGGUGAUUUACAAUGUUACAAUGUUAGUUUUUAUAUUUUCUUAACACAGUGUUCACCAUUAUACUUCAGGGACUUUAUUUAAUAGUUCUUUCUUCUUUUAUAUUUUAUUUGUAAAUUAAAAAUAAGCAGUACCUCUCCCCUCCCACCCCCAAAAUCAUCAGAAUUUAAAGAGUUAGAAAAAAAGGACUCUCUGAAAUUCAGAACUUUGUUUAUGGUUCUAACAUCUCUAACACAAUUUCCAUUCUUCCAAGUCUUCUAAAUAAAAACUAAAGAGCCAAAGAGGUGUAGGCAUUUUUAAAAAAAUAUUCUUGAAUAAAUCUUUAAAAAUAGUUUUACAAACAAGUGAUCCAGAUAUAAUUCUUUUUCAGUCUCUAUUGACAGUUAACAUGACAUAGGUAAUUCAACUUUAACAAAAGUGGAAUUUUUAUGUGAAGAAGUAUUUUCCCAUAUGUUUUUAUUUUAUACGAAUAUACUCCAAAGACAUUCAUUUUCCAUUAUAUAAUAUUCCUACUUAAUGAACCAAUAUUUUAUUUGAAGUUCUACCCUAUGUAAAUAAGAAUGGUGUUUUUAAAAAGCUUCUCACAGUCUCUGGAUUAAUAUCUAAAUAGUUUAUCAACAAUAACAUCUAAACACCAAAGAACGCCUACUCAAUACAACUUCCCUCAUUUAGCACAUACUCACAUUAAUAUUCGGAGAAGGCAAUGGCGACCCAAUCCAGUACUCUUGCCUGGAAAAUCCCAUGGAUGGAGUGGCCUGGUAGGCUGCAGUCCAUGGGGUCGCUAGGAGUCGGACACAACUGAAGUGACUUAGCAGCAGCAGCACAUUAAUAUUUUUCUUCUGUUUUUGUUUUGAUUUUUAAUACUGCCUGAGAAGACUAUAUCCUUAUUCUCAAAAUCAGGUAUAAUAAUUUUCAGCAACAAGUUAAAAAAUAAUGCCUAACUCUAAAUUACACCACACUCAUUACCCAGCCCUUCCAGUGAAGGGUCUCCUGCCAGUGGGAUCUUCAUUAUCUCUGCAUACAAGGAUCUUUUGAAUGACAGUUUGAUUGGGGACAUGGGAGAUGGCUGGGGACCAGGUAGAGAAGAUGGCUUGCAGCUGAAAGCAUAGCAUGGGUGGUGGGUUUAUUGGGGAAAGGAGCUGGUGCUGAUAGAGAUUGUAGGGCCAUUAAAGACCCCCAACAACCUUCUAAUAGCUCCAUGUCCCCAGUGAGUAAAGGUCUAUGACCUUGGGCUCAAGUGGCCUUCCUCACUUUGGGCUCAGCCUUGCAUAUGUGUUUAAGGUUGUCUUUCUUGUGAAACAAUAUGAAUUGGAGAACCUUUAUACAAUUUCUCAUAAACAUUGUUCAAACUGUGACAAAAGUAUAGAGUUUCUGGUUUUACACAGUUACAUGUAUGCAUGCACGCUCAGUUGCUCAGUUGUGUCUGACUCUUUGCAACCCCGCUGGACUGUAGCCCACCAGGCUCCUCUCUCCAUGGAAUUUUCCAGGCAAGAAUACUGGAUUGG